AUGUCGCAGCCUCGUACAUCGUCCCAGACACGUCUGCCUACCAGGAACAGAUCUCGUUCCCCUGCUUCUCGACCAACAACCCCCCUCCGUCCAUCCUCUCGCUCCUCAUUCCGAACCUCGCAGACCAGUGCUUUUGUCGGACCAUCCCCUCUCGACAACUUCGAGCCUCAGUUCGCAGAGUUAAGCGACUCAAUGGCUGAUCUGGAGGCCAAUCUCAUGCAUCUCCAACUCAUGCAUGAAAGCCUCGGCAGAUUUGCAGAAAGCUUCGCCAGUUUCUUGUAUGGAUUGAACAUGAAUGCCUUUGUCGUGGAUUUUCCUGAAGCUCCAAUCUCGGAAUCAUUUAAACGCUUCCCAAACCGCCAUGGUCAAGGGGAGACCGACGAGCAAACCCUGUUGCAGACCAAUAGCACCGACAGUAGACUGGGAGAAGCUGAAGCAACUUUCUUGAACACGGAUGCCAGCUUUACAAGCCUGAAGGCUACACCACGUCGGAAGACAACGGCACCGUCCAUCACCCCAAGUACCACGUCAACGUUCAAACAAAGCAAUGUGGCAGGUCGAGGAGGAAUUGCGGGAAGAGCGAGCAGAGCGACUGGUCGUGGAGCAAGAGCCAGUAGUCUCCCACGCGGGAGAGGAAGAGGGGCCCGAUAG